AUGACCAAUCUCGGCCACUACGGUUUCAACGUCCCCGCCGACAGGCGCCAGACCCAGCCCGUUCUUGAGGGCAUCCUCCACAGCACCCGCUCCCGCCAACAGCAGAGUUCUUCAUACUCCCGCUCCUCCCACGCUUCGUACUCGUCUUCCUCUCGGGACCCUCAAAAACGUUCCGAUAGCGCCAGUGUUCGCUCUCGGAGCUCUUUUGCGAGCACCAUGAGCCUUUUGAGCAAGCCCUUUAGCAAGUCCAGAGGUUGA